AUGGCCGGCUCCGGCCUCGCCUGCUGCCUGCUCGGCCUCCUGGCGCUGACCUCCGCCUGCUACAUCCAGAACUGCCCCCUGGGCGGCAAGAGGGCCGCGCUGGACCUCGACGUGCGCCAGUGCCUCCCCUGCGGCCCCGGGGGCAAAGGGCGCUGCUUCGGGCCCAGCAUCUGCUGCGGCGACGAGCUGGGCUGCUUCGUGGGCACGGCCGAGGCGCUGCGCUGCCAGGAGGAGAACUACCUGCCGUCGCCCUGCCAGUCGGGCCACAAGCCGUGCGGGAGCGGGGGCCGCUGCGCCGCCGCGGGCAUCUGCUGCAACGACGACGGCUGCCGCGCCGACCCCGCCUGCGACGCCGAGGCCGCCUUCUCCCAGCGCUGAGCCGACGGCCUGGACAGCGGCGCAGCGCGC